UGACUGGAUAAGUAACCAGAAUGCUUUCCCAGCUCCUGUGUACCCGUACAUCAGUGAGCAGCUGUAUUAUCAUGUGUACUGAAGAGAGGUCACUGAGGAGCCUGCACAUUAUCCGGGGAAUGUGCCGUCUUUCUACUUGAAAACUGACUACAGAUCUGCACUUGUUACUGCGCUUUGCCUCACUUUUCCCCAUCUUACAUACAUGUCUGACUCUCCUGCACAAAGUCCUCCCUCCUCCAUUACAUCAGCGCAUGCAGCACAUGUAUACUAUUGAAGGGAGUAACUGGAUAUAUUGCCUUGUGAAGAUCUACAGUAUUUUGUGCUUUGAAUGAGAUGCAGCCAUAGCUUAAACUUUAAACAGCAGAAAAUGUUGGGGAAAAUAGAGAACACUGAGCUAAAACCCACCAAAGACAAUCUGAGCACUUCUAGAGUGAGAAUCAAUAGCACCAGAAUUUGCCAUGUACCGUAAUACUACUGGCCAGGAUUUAAUAUGCCAACUCAAACACUUAUUCCUAAGCCAACUAGUACAGAAGACCUUUCAGACUUGAAGAGGCACGGUUCAGAUUUAUCAUUAGCGUGCCAUUGUACAAAAGAGAAUGAAUUCUCCAAUGUUUUGGUUUGUUUCCUGCACAAAUGAGACACAGUAGGCAUGCAGCAUAAUGCCAUAUUUUAAGUGUUUCCUGAGUGAACUGUAAGCCUGAGAAUGUUAUGUUCAAAGAAGAAGAAACCCAGUUUUAAGUUAUCUACAACUAUUGCUGUCCCGUCUAUGAAAGGUCAUGGUUACCUUGAUUACACAAUUGAAAAUCAUUCUUCCAAAGCUUUUGAGAAAAUGGAUGAGUUUAGAAGAAACAACCAGCUGUGUGAUGUCCUUAUAAAAGUUACCCACAAUGGCCAAGAAGAAGACUUCCCUGUGCAUAAGGUCGUACUGGCUUCCUGCAGCUCCUUUUUUAAGGCCAUGUUUACAAAUAAUUUUCGUGAGUGCUAUGCCAAAGAAGUCACCAUCAAAGACACGUGCCCCCUGGUGAUGCAAAGACUGAUAGACUUUGCCUACACGUCCAGAAUAACUGUUGGAGAAAAGUGUGUCUUGCAUGUGCUCUUGGCUGCAAUGAGAUACCAGAUGGAAGAUGUGGCACAGGCUUGCUGUGACUUUCUUAUAAAACAGCUGGACCCCAGCAAUGUCAUUGGAAUCUCUAAUUUCGCAAAACAGAUUGGAUGCACAGAGUUAUAUAAUAAUGGAAGAGAAUACAUCAAUAUGCACUUCAGUGAGGUUACAAAAGAGGAGGAGUUUUUAAACCUUACUCAUUGUGAACUCUUGGACCUGGUCAGUCAGGAAAGCCUGAAUGUCCUCUGUGAGACAGAGGUAUACAAUGCCUGUUUAAGGUGGAUGCAGUGGGAUUUGAUCAACAGAGAACAGUAUUUUACCUUAUUAUUAAAUGCUGUUCAUCUUUAUGCUCUGCCACCAAAGUUUCUCGCAGUGCAGCUAAAGCAGUGCCCCAUCCUGAAUAAGGAAAACUCAUGCAGGAUGUUUCUGUCUAAGAUUUUCCAAGAGAUGUCCUUACACAAGCCUCUACCACCAACCAAAGUACGAGGAAACCAACUUAUUUAUGUGGCAGGUGGCUACAUGCAUAAUUCUCUGAACUCUAUGGAUGCCUAUAAUCCUCAGACUGGGGAAUGGAUCAAACUUGCCAACAUGUUGGAACCAAGAAGUGGUCUAGGAGCUUGUAUUGUCAGUGGUCUGUUUUAUACCCUGGGUGGAAGAAACCAUUUUUCUACGGAAAAUACAGAUUCAAACUCUUUAGCAUGCUUCAAUCCAAUUAUUAAUAAAUGGACAUCAAGAGCACACAUGAGUGUAGCUAGAAACAGGGUUGGAGUAGGCGUAAUAGAUGGUGCCAUUUAUGCUGUAGGAGGCUCCAGUGGAUCGAAUCAUCAUAAAAGCGUUGAAAGGUACGAUCCUGAAGUUAAUCAGUGGACAUCUGUAGCUCCCAUGCACGUUGCACGAAUUGGAGCUGGAAUAGCAUCUUGCUGUGGACUUUUGUAUGCAAUUGGUGGAUUUGAUGGGGAAAGCCGGUUGAACACUGUGGACUGUUAUCAUCCUGAUGAGAACCGGUGGCAUCCCAGGGCACCAAUGAGAAUUAUACGAAGUGGGGCAGGAGUUGUCACUUUAGACAAUUAUAUAUAUGCUGUGGGAGGAUAUGAUGGCACUAAUCAGCUAAACUCCGUAGAACGAUACAAUAUAGACAGAGAUUACUGGGAGUCUAUGGCACCAAUGAAACAUAAAAGGAGUGCGCAUGGCCUAGCUCUCCACCAAGGGAAAAUUUAUGCACUUGGUGGUUUCAAUGCAGAGGGAUUUCUGUCCUCUGUGGAAUGUUACUGUCCAGAAACUAAUGAGUGGAUAGAAGUGACGGAAAUGCCAGUAGGCUGCAGUGGCAUGGGUGUAGCAGUAACCAUGGAGCCAUGUCCCAACAGUUUUGAGGACUUUGAGGAGGGCUGAUUACUUAAAUAAUGGCAGUCAAGGUGCCAAAUUCAUUAGCUGUCCAUUUUGUAGCAAAAUAAGUAAUAAAACAUUUACACCGUGGUUAAUGCAUACAAUCCUGGGGCCUGAUGUAAUGACUCCCGAGAUUACCUGAGGUGCGGGAUUUCGGCUGAUCUCUGACUUUUUUUAAAGGGUCAAUCACUUACAAGCGAUUUGCCUUGUAAGUGAUUGCCCCUUUAAAAAAACGUCAGAGAUCAGCUGGCAUCUCACACCUUCAGCGAUCUCGGGCGUCAUUACAUCUGGCCCCAAAUCUCUGAUUACCAAGCAAAUGGAGAUGAGAGGUGUGUAUUUUAUAUGUGUGAAGAUUUCCUUCAGCACAGUUUCAUUUUCUCAAGGGUUUACAGCUACUAACUACAGUGUACAACUAAACUUACAAUGGGUGGUCUUCAGUUUGCCGUCGUCCGGGCUCCCGACGACCAGCAUACCGGCGUCGGAAUCCCGACCUUCAGAUUUUCACCCUUUUUGGGGUCCACGACCCCCCUGGAGUCAAGUGAGAAUAGAUAGCGGGGCACACGUUGCCACCGUGCCCGCAACGUGGCAAGCGCAGCAUGGCGAGCUCAGCGAGCCCGCAAGGGGCUCAUUUGCGCUCGCCCAGCUGUCAGUUUGCCGGUGGUCGGGAUUCCGGCGCCAGUAUGCUGGCCGCCGAGAGCCCGACCGCCGGCAUAAAAUACUACACCCAUUUACAAUAUGUGCACAACCAAUAUGUGAAUAAUCCGGUGUAUCAUUAGUGACAUGGUAAACUUGAUUGCUUUAAAUAUGAUGAAACAUUUAAAGAAAAAUCAGAACCAACCCUAUACCUCCCACCUUUCUAAAGGUCACUGAGACCCGCUGGUGGAACAGCGGGACAGACCAAUUUUUUGGAACAGUUGGGAGGAAUGCAAAAUUGGGACAGUUGGGACGUAUGCCUAUGUUUGCCAUGGAACAUUACACCUACAGCUAGUGGCAACUGCAGGGGGAAGAGGGCAGUUAAUUUAAGAGAUAUUCAACCAUUCCUUGGGGCAUAUCUACUCCUUGACCAAGAUGGAACUCACCAGGGAUGCUGGCCAAGGAGGGGCCAUCGCCCAGUGGUGCCACCGCAGCCAGUGGGUAAGAUCACAUAGUAUUCUGUCUCAGCACACAGGACACCGACCAGUAAGAUCAUGAUCUGCCUGCCUCCCAUCUUCUGCUGCCAACAGACUUAGUUGCCUAGCUAACCUAUUUAUGACACAUAGUCUGGAGAUGAGCAGAAGGUUAGUUGUCAGCUCUGCUGCUCCAAGCUGAUUGCUCGUGACUUCACACUGACAGUGAGUCUCGGCCAGUGAUGUGGGGCAGCGUUAGGAGGCAGCUGCAGUGGUUUCCUUAUUUCAGGUUUGGUCUGCGUUGCAGCCCUACCACAGCAACCACCACUGGACUGCAAUGCUCUCUCGGGGGGAAGGAAGGAAGGAUGGCAGUGGGUGGGUAGUCCACAGUUUUGCCAGGGGCGUUCGAACCCCUACAUAGAAACAUAGAAUUUGAUGGCAGAUAAGAACCACUUGGCCCAUCUAGUUUGCCCCUGAUACACCCCUACCUAAACAGGGCCAUUUUAUACAAUUUGGCUCCCAGUGUGAACAGUAAAAAAAUGCACCCCAUCCUCCCCAUCGACAUUUUAAAAAUUAAACAUUUGCCCGAACGCAAAAAGGGGAAUGGCCUCGUAAGGGGCGUGGCCUUGCAGGAAAAGGCUACUUUACACCCCAGGUUUGCACCCUGCACUCCCAGACAUUGGCCACCACAGGAUUCAUGCCCCUCACAUUAUUUAUUUUCCACCUUAUAGUAAUGCCCCUUACACAAUAUGCCACACACUGUAAUGCCCCUUAUACAUUAUACCACACACCGUUAUGCCCAUUACACAUUAUGCCACACACCAUAAUGCCCCACAGUUAUGCCCCUGACACCAUAUUAUGCCCAACACAAUAAUGCCCUUACAAAUGAUGCUGCACAGUUAUGCCCCUGACACCAUAUAAUACCCCACAGUUAUGCCCUGGCACCUUAUUAUGACGCAUGCAAUAAUACCUAUCAAAAAUUAUGGCCCACAGUUAUUCCCGACUCCUUAUUAUAACUUACACAGUAAUGGCCCUUACAAAUGAUGGCACACAGUACACAGCUACCUACUUUUAAACUACCUGCAUGUUGUCAGGGGUUUCAGCGAUUGCUUGGCUUGCCCAGCCCUAGAAAUGGCACUGUGCCAGCAAGUCGAUAGAUAGAUAGAUAGAUAGAUAGAUAGAUAGAUAGAUAGAUAGAUAGAUAGAUAGAUAGAUAGAUAGUUUGCACAUUGACAGAUUACUUGUGGUUCAUUGUGCAUAUGGUAGGCGCACUGGUAACAUCAGCAAUUUUGUCACAAGAGCGACUUUCCUUCUGUAUCUGUUUUUCUGAGUUACCAUAUUCUUUAUAUAGUUCACUACAAUAUGGGUGUAUUGUUAUUUAUAAUGCAUAUGUUCAUUGAGUUGUACCAGUGUUUCAAAUACUGUUAAUAUCAUUGCUUAUCUUAUGUAACCAAUACCAUUGGCUACUUGAAAAUUCUUAUAAUGUGAUAUAUUAGAGAUACUUUAUGACUAUGUUGCCGCUGUUACUAAAUAGACAAAACCGCUGAAUUACAUGUUAGUAGGAUAAAUAGGAUAUACCGGUAUAAAUUAACAGUUUGCAUGUAAACUCUAACUACAGUAUAUUUGGGCCUAAUUCGGACCUGAUUACUAGCAGACGAUUUUUGCUGUCCUGCGAUCAGAUAAUCACUGCCUACAGGGGGAGGGUAUUUGAUCUGUUCAAGUGUGCGCACGCAUGUGUAACACAGCUGCACAAACUGAUUUUGUGCAGUCUCUGCGUAGCCCAGGACUUACUCAGCCGCUGCGAUCAUAUCAGCCUGUCCGGGACCGGAUUUGACGUCACACACCCUCCCUGAAAACGCUUGGACACGCCUAUGUUUUUCCAGACACUCCCUGAAAACGGUCAGUUGACACCCAUACAUGCCCUCUUCCUGUCACUCUCCUUGCGAUGCCCGCGCGAUCGCUUUUUUUGCACCAUCCCGUCGCUAUGCACCGAUGUCUGGUGCAGUCUUCCGACGCACCUGCGCAUUGUGGUGCAUAUGCAUGCGCAGUUCAGACCUGAUCGCAGGCUGUGAGAAAACACAGCCUAGCGAUCAGGUCUGAAUUACCCCCUUUAUUAGCAGUGGCCCUCAUUCCGAGUUGUUCGCUUGCUAGCUGCUUUUAGCAGCCAUGCAAACGCUAAGCCGCCGCCCUCUGGGAGUGUAUCUUAGCUUAGCAGAAGUGCGAACAAAAGGAUCGCAGAACGGCACCAAAAUAUUUUUGAGCAGUUUCUGAGUAGCUCCAGACCUACUCCUAGCUUGCGAUCACUUCAGACUAUUUAGUUCCUGUUUUGACGUCACAAACACGCACUGCGUUCGGCCAGCCACGCCCGCGUUUCCCCAGGCACGCCUACGUUUGUAUCUGACACGCCUGCGUUUUUACACACACUACCGAAAAAUGGUCAGUUACCUCCCAGAAACACCCACUUCCUGUCAAUCACUCUGCGGCCAGCAGUGCGACUGAAAAGCGUCACUAGACCUUGUGUGAAACUGCAUCGUUUGUUGUGAAAGUACGUCGCGCGUGCGCAAUGCGUCCCAUACGCGUGCGCAGAAAUGCCGCUUUUUAGCCUGAUCGCUGUGCAGCGAACAACGGCAGCUAGCGAUCAACUCGGAAUGACCCCCAGUGUUGGAGAGGCAGAUCUAGCACUUGUCUUGUGAGCCUGAAGUCAAGUUUCUUACAUGGUUUAGUCAUUAUAAACAUGGAAUAUUGUCUUAUGUUAUAAAGUAGCAUUGUUGUACAGUUUAAUAGGUUAGCAGAAGUUGUAUUCAGUGUCUCUGUAGCAUAUUUUUAAAA